UGUUACAUUCAGGAGGAAGUAUUCUGAAUUUAUAUUUGCGGGACGAAGCAACUAUUUACUUAAAAUGAUUGUUUAUUUGGAAAGUUUUUAAUUAAUGUGAAGGCUAUUUCGCAAUUUUUCUAAUUGUGACUUUAACAAACAUCUUACCCAACAUCUGAGAAAACUCGUUCAAACUUUGAAAAUUAAACGAGCCGAUCCUUUUAACGUUUGUCUUCGUCACCAAGCAAACCCUAGAUCCUCUCUUCUUCUCCGAUACACCAUUCGUCUCAACAUCGCAAACAUUUUCUUCUCUUUUUUUUUUUUCCGUUUUCGUCGACCCAAAUCGCUUCGUUCACAAGCCAUGUCAUUCUCCGAUUCUGGAUCGUCCUCAAAUGGCGGAGAUUACAAGACUUUCAGGCAGAUCACACGAGAGAGAUUACUGUAUGAAAUGCUUAGGCCAGAGAGCUCGAAAUCAACUUGGAAGGUACUUGUUGUGGACGAGCUCACUGUGAAGAUAUUGUCAUCUGCCUGCAAAAUGUCUGAGUUCACACAGCAAGGCAUUUCUUUGGUUGAGAUCAUAACUAAACAGAGACAGCCUAUGACUUCCAUGGAAGCCAUUUACUUUAUUCAACCAACUGAAGCAAAUGUUAAUGCGUUUUUAUCAGAUAUGACUGGACAAUCACCACUUUACAAGAAGGCUUUCGUUUUCUUUAGUUCUCCUGUUUCGAGAAGCUUAGUUACUCUCAUUAGGAAGGACAUGAAAGCGAUGAAACGCAUUGGCGCACUGAAAGAGAUGAACUUGGAGUACAUUAGCCUGGACAGCCAGGGGUUCAUUACGAAUAACGAAAAUGCUCUAGAAGACCUUUAUAGCGAUGAGGAAAACCAUCAGAGAGCAGAUGCCUGCUUGAAUGUGGUAGCUAAACGCAUUGCUACAGUUUUGGCCUCACUAAAGGAAUACCCCUUUGUACGCUACCGUGGAGCCAAAGGUCUUGAUGCCACAACAAUGACAACUUACAGAGAGUUGAUUCCUACAAAGCUUGCUGCUAGUGUGUGGAAUUGUCUGACAAAAUACAAACAGACAAUUGAAGAUUUUCCUCAGACUGAAACAUGUGAACUACUUAUCCUGGAUCGAUCCAUAGACCAGAUCGCACCUCUCAUUCAUGAAUGGACAUAUGAUGCAAUGUGCCACGAUCUGCUUAAAAUGGAAGGAAAUAAAUACACACAUGAGGUUCCUAGUAAAACUGGUGAUAAUACUGAGAAGAAAGAGGUUCUUUUAGAUGAAGAAGAUCCCAUUUGGGUGGAGCUUCGUGAUGUUCACAUUGCAGAUGCAAGUGAAAGAUUGCAUGAGAAGAUGACAAACUUCGUGUCGAAGAACAAAGCCGCGCAACUAAAACAGAGUUCAAAAGACUUUGGUGACCUUUCAUCAAAAGACUUGCAGAAGAUGGUUCACGCUUUGCCUCAGUACAGUGAGCAAAUUGAUAAGCUCUCUCUUCAUGUAGAUAUUGCUAGAACAAUUAACAGGACUAUAAUGGAGCAAGGUCUAAGAGAACUCGGGCAACUAGAGCAGGACCUUGUUUUUGGAGAUGCUGGAAGAAAAGACGUCAUCAAAUUCUUAAGCACCAACAAUGAUAUAAACCAAGAAAGCAAGCUACGGUUAAUGAUGAUUUUUGCGGAAAUCUACCCUAAGAAGUUUGCAGGUGAAAAGGGACGUAAGAUGAUGGAGCUAGCAAAAUUGUCGGGGGAUGAUGUAGUAGCUGUGAACAAUUUGAGAUUACUUGGACCAGUACAUACAGAGUGUAAAAGUAGCACAACUGGAUCUUUCCCUCUCAAGUUUGAUGUUCUUAAGACGAAGCGAGCUGCUCGAAGAGACCGUGUUGGUGACACUCAAACAUGGAUGCUAUCUCGUUUUUAUCCAAUCAUAGAGGAACUCGUUGAGAAACUUAACAAAGGCCAUUUGCCAAAACAAGAUUACCCUUGUAUGAAUGAACCAAGACCAACCUUCUACUCUAGCUCUCAAUCUCCAUCAGCGAGUCCGGUGUUGCCUCAUUCAAGACGAACACCAAGUUGGGCAAGACGCCAUCUUUCUGACGAUGGAUAUUUCAGUGACUCAGUUCUAGGACGAGCAUCGAGCUGUAUCAAGAAAAAGGGACGAAGAAUUUUUGUCUUCAUAGUAGGAGGAGCAACGAGAUCCGAGUUAAGGGCUUGCCACAAGCUUACAGAGAAGCUUGACAGAGAAAUUAUUUUAGGCUCCUCCAGCUUCCUUGACCCCCACACUUUCCUCACGAAAAUGAAACAAAUGAAUGAAGAAGAGGAGAUUUCACUGGAUGAUAUCGACAUUUAGUCUCUUGUUUUGCUUUGGAAGAGGCUUCUCUGUCGGUUUAGACAAACUUAUUGUUGGUAUCGAUUUUGGUUUUGGGAAUAAAAUGGCCAGACUGUCCUCCUUAUGUAAAUAAAUAUAUUUUGUUUGAAAAGUUUUUGUAUUCUCUGAUAGAGAAAAAGAUGAAACGCCCACCGUGAAGUUCGAUCGUUACCCUCUACCAGCUGAGCUAGACAGUCUUAUUUCUU